UGUGUGUGUGUGUGUGUGUGUGUGUGUGUGGUGAUGAAGCAACUCACAGCCGCCAUGAAAGACCCCACCUACAUCAACCCCCCCGCCAGGACCAGCCCCCUCCCGGACACCAUAAAGGGGGACUGGAACCCCCGCAGUCUGUCCAGCUUCUCCACGUUCGGCGGGGGGCAGGGAUCCCCCCCACUCAAUGGCAUGAACGGGCACGCGAAUGGCACCGUGCACGUCAAUGGCACCAAUGGCGUGGGUGGCGGGGGAGGCCUGGGUGUGGGCGGGGUGUCUGUGAAGGUGGCGGGCGGGAAGACAAACGGGGCAACCACAGUGACAGUGAACGGUUCCACUCCCCCUGACAUCCUGGACAGCCCUGAUGUCAUAGCCCACUGCCGCAAGCCCACGGCCCCCCUACCCCCCUCCCCAACCCCCUCAAAAGACCACGGCCAGCCCCCGCCCCUCACCAAGCCUCAGAACAACCACUCCCCAGCCCUCAACAAGCCCAGCGUGGCCCUCAACAAGCCGUGCCUGGCCCAGACCAAGCCGGCGCCAGCUUACAAGCCAAACAUCAUGCAGAACAAGCCCGCCAAGCCCAACAAGCCCACCCUCAUCACCAACAACCCCGAGGCGGCGCCGGGCCACGCUAACAAGCCACUGGGCAUGCCCGUGGCGCCGCCCAGCGUGGAGGGCAUCGUGCGGCCCAGGCACUAUCACAGCAAGUCCCUGGUGGGCGACGAGCGGGAGGAGACUGUGCUGGCACCCAAGCACGCCCACUCCCGCUCCCUAGUGGACAGCGCGGAGCUCGUGCCGCCCAAAUCUCCUGACGGGCUCCCAGUGGCCGAGGUGCACCUGUUUUUGGGCCCUGCUGACCGCCGCUUCGGGUUCUCAGUGGUGGGCGGCAGGGAUGAAGGAUUCCCGCCACGGAUAGACGAGAUGGCAAAGGGCUCCCCGGCGGACAAAGCUGACCUGGAAGUGGGGGAUGAGAUACUGGAGGUCAACGGCAAGAGUCUGGAGGACGCCACCCACACUGAGGUCAUCUCGCACAUACACCAGUGCAUAAGGUCAAGAACAAUAUGUCUUCGGGUCAAGAGGAGAACAGGCAACAAGCUCGCCGUGGACUUAGCGGCGAGCUCCAACGUGCAAGAUGCCUUCGUCAUCGCGGUGGAGCAGCAGGCCAGGGAGCGCCUCGAGCGGCUCUCUGCUCUCAAAAAGAUCAAACCUGUGGAUAUGACCAAGCUCUCCUCGCAGCUGGAACCUCACAAGAGCGUGGUAAACGUCGGCAGCAGCGGGGCUCACCCAGGCCCGGGGGGUCGCUCCCCCGCCCACUCCGCCGCCGAGCAGCGAGACGACGUGAACGGCGUCCUCGACAACUCCCCCAUCUACGUGACCAGCGUGCCCAGCCUCACCUCGGAGCAACCCAGGCCCAGGUCCCGCUCCAGGUCCUCCACACCUAACCGGACGUCCCCGAGCCCGCGGCGCACCCACUCCGCCCGCGGCUCCCGGGAGACGCCGCCCUCCCCUCUCACCCCUAGCCCCCGCAAGGAGGCGCCAACGCUCAAGGCAGCUGAGAGCCCGAGUGGCGAACGCAGCUCCCGCCGCUCCAGCAGGCGACGCUCAGCGCGGCUCACCAACGGCCACCACGGCGCCGCCGAGGCCGAGGCGGAAGCCAACAAGAGUGGCGACGAGCUCGAGUUGAAGCAGUACCUGGACGACACCCUCGACGACACCGAGGACCUGGACCAGGACGAGCCACCCGACACCCAGUGUGACCGCACCGAGAGUGACGACAAGGUAGACUCGGAGGGCGCCUGCCUCAGCGAGAGUGGCGACUCCCUGCCGGGCACGCCGGAGAAGGCGUACGGCAUCACCCGCUCGGAGUCGCGGCGUUCCUCCUCCCGCGGCAGCCGGCGGGAGCGCGCCUCCCCCCGUGAAGUGCUGCUGGACAAGGAACCCCUGCCGCCUCCACCCCCGACGCGCGGCCCAAGACUCCCGUGCACGCCGUCAGCAGCGUUGAGAGCCGGGAGAGCACAAGGUAUGUGUUGCACCUCGCUGUUCUGUUAGAGUAAGGCAGAGAGA